AUGAGUAGUGAAUUGAAUCAAAUUAAACAGCAAGUAGCUGAUUUGCAAAGAUUGGUUAAAAAGCAAAGUCUAAUCAUUUCAAAGACCGGUCAAAAUGUACUCGAGAUGCAAGUCUCGAAACAGAGAUCAGAUGUAAAUGCAAUCGGAUCUAAGUCUUCUGAAUCUAAACACGGGAUUCCUCAAUUAGAAGCUAAUGACGUAGUAACUAACGAGGAUUUAGUUCAACUUGUGGGAGAACUACAAGGCCAAUUGGAUACUAUCGAGGAAAGAAACGUUAGAAGAUUAGUCAAUUGCGUCAAGUCUCAACCAGAUGACAUCUUAGCUCCAUUGCCCAACGCAGAUGGUGAGAUUCCAAAAGGUGGAUCUGAAGGUGUUUUCCCAACGACUCUAAAUGAUUUUGAAAAGAUCGAUGACGUGGCUUUGUUUAAAUUAGCUAAAUUCUAUGAACUAUUGCCACCAAGUCUAAAAGAACAAGAGAAAUUCGAAGAUUUUAUGGAAGGUAAAGUGGAAGAGUUUCAUAUUAGUGAAAUGCCAGACGAAGAAGUGCAAAAGGAACUGAAAAAUUACUCAUCGGGUCAAUUGGAAGAUACUUUCAACGAAUUGGCCAGAUAUUUGGGUUUAAGGGCAAGAAGAGGAACUGCCACUUGGUAA